AUAAAGACAAAAACCAGGACUUUUAGCUGUCUGUCUUUUAUUGAAAUGUGACUCUAGCUUCAUUUUUCUGAGUGGGAAUCAACAGCAAUCAUGUAUCAUGCCCGCCUUUGUUGACCUUUGUUUUUGUUUCUCCUCCUUUAUCUUCUCUCUCUCUCUACAAUGAAAACUAACUAGCUUCAACUACUGCAACAUGUAACUGGGAACAUAGUACAAAUCUGCAAGCCUGAUAAAAUCCCAACUCUUGAAGCUUCGACUCUUGCAUUUUUUUGUGAGAUUACAAGAAAUGAGUACGACUUCUCGUGAAGCUUUCAUUCAGUUGCAAGCUUUGAUGGAUCAAGUUGAUGAGCCUUUGAAGAAUACAUUUAAGGCCUUCAUGCAACAUUGGAACAUGGUAGUCCCCUUUACAAAACUUUCUCUAGACAGAAAAGCUCAGACCCACUUUUUGGUUUAUAGGGUACUUGAUCAUUGAUCCAACCAUAUUUAGAACACAUGGUAUUCGCCUACCAUUUUGGUGGAAUCACAUUGAGGAGGUUUGUGCAAGUUUGUUUACUGCUGAGUUGUGUCCUACUCUUAAGUUGCUGUGCUGAAGGACCAUCUACACAUUAAAGCCUUGGUGCUUGCUCUCUGGAGCUGCUUGAAGGGAAGUGGUGAUUUAUAAUAUUUUUGGAGGUUGCUUUCAGAACAUAGGCUAUUGCUGUUGCCACGUUCACAUCAAAUUGGAUAAAAUCUUCAAUGAUCUUGGCCACUUUGUCUAAAAUUUAGUGCAAAGCCUCACCCAAUGAAUGUUCAUCAAGGAUAUCUAACUGAAACGUUGGUGCGUUUCCUUAAAGCAAGAGAGUGGAAUGUUACCAAAGCACAUAAAAUGUUGGUGGAUUGUCUGAACUGGAGGGUAACAAAUGAGAUUGACAAUAUAUUAUCGAAACCAAUAGUUCCUACUGAAUUGUACAGGGCAGUGCGUGAUUCACAGCUCAUAGGAAUGUCAGGUUACUCAAAAGAGGGGCUGCCCGUCUUUGCUAUUGGUGCAGGGCUUAGUACGUUUGACAAAGCUUCUGCCCACUACUAUAUGCAGUCACAUAUUCAAAUAAAUGAAUACAGAGACCGCGUAGUUUUGCCUGCUGCAUCAAAAAAAUAUAAGCAACCAAUAACCACGUGUGUGAAGGUUUUAGAUAUGACAGGCCUGAAGCUUUCAGCAUUAAGCCAUAUAAAGUUAUUGACAAUCAUAUCUUCAAUCGAUGACUUGAACUACCCUGAGAAGACAAAUGCAUAUUAUAUUGUGAAUGCCCCAUACAUAUUUUCUGCAUGCUGGAAGGUUGUUAAGCCCCUUUUGCAGGAGAGGACAAGGAGAAAAGUUCAGGUGUUGUCAGGCUCUGGCAAAGAUGAAUUGUUGAAGAGGAGACAUAAGAUUUGGAAAAGAAAAAACCACGACAUGAAUGUAGGUCAGAAGAUAAUGGAUUUUGAAUCACUCCCACAUUUCUGCAAAAGAGAAGGCUCUGGAUCAUCUGGCCAUUCAGAGGAUGGCAGUUGUUUUUCCUUGGACCAUCCCUUUCAUCAACAGCUUUACAACUACAUCAAGCAGCAAUCCUCAGUCGCUGAACCUGUUGAACCAGUCAAACAGGGGUCUUUUCAUGUGAAGCUACCCGAGCUAGCAGAUGCUGAAGGAACUGAGAUUGCCAAAACAAUAGAAUCCGAGUUGCACAAGAUAGAGAAUGGCAACGGGCUAUCCAAGUCUGUAAAUGCCCUUAGAAUCAACAACAGCUGAAACUACAGUGCUCCAUGCUAUCUCAAAUCUCUGAUGUUUUUGUCCAAACACAAGGCCACUGCUGUUAGAUGAGAAAAUGCAGCUUUGUUCAUUUAUUGCUGACAUAAAAUAUGAUGUGCGAGAUGAUAGGCACUCGUAUUAUCCCGAUGUGAGCUGCUAAUAAGUGUAUCUAAUUCAACAUUGGCUGGUGCUAUCAGCUUGAAGCUGUCCCCAGCCAGAUGUACUGUUGGACUGAAGCAUAAAUUGCAAUAUCCAGUUUCAAUAUUUUAAGUUCA